AGUCAGAGCGAGAAAGUGCCGGGCUGGCGGGGCCGCGGCUGCUCCGCCUGAAACUUCUGAGUAACAUCAACAGGGGGAGGGGAGGGCGGGCGGCGGUGGAGGAGGAAGGUGGCGGUGGGGGGAAGGUUAGCCAGCAGCGCAGCCCUAUCCGCCUCUCCCUCAUAAACCAGCCUGUGUUGGGCUGAGCAGGCCCCUCACACAAAGGAGGGCAGGGCAGGCAGGGCUGCCCCCUCUUCCCCCCCGCCUCGGCAGAGGGGCAGCGGGGAGGCGCCCUUCCCCGUGCACAGCACUCACAGCCACUUACUCCUCUCCCGUCCCCCGUCUUCUCUCUCUCCCCCCUUCCCCUCACCCCCACCACGGUUCUCCCCUCAGCCCCCGCCCGCUGUCCAUGUAGCCGUCCGGCCGCCGGCCCCUCCGCACUAUGCCCAUCUUACUCUUCCUGAUAGACACGUCCGCCUCCAUGAACCAGCGCACCCAUCUGGGCACCACCUAUCUGGACAUAGCCAAAGGCGCUGUAGAGACUUUCAUGAAGCUCCGAGCCCGGGACCCGGCCAGCAGGGGAGACAGGUACAUGCUGGUCACUUUCGAGGAGCCUCCCUACGCUAUCAAGGCUGGCUGGAAGGAAAACCAUGCUACGUUUAUGAAUGAGCUGAAAAAUCUUCAAGCUGAAGGACUUACGACUCUUGGCCAGUCCCUAAGGACAGCUUUUGAUUUAUUAAACUUAAAUAGAUUAGUAACUGGCAUAGACAACUAUGGGCAGGGACGAAACCCUUUUUUUCUGGAGCCGGCAAUAAUUAUAACAGUUACUGAUGGAAGUAAGUUAACUACUACCAGUGGGAUACAGGAAGAGCUCCAUUUACCUCUCAAUUCCCCUUUACCUGGAAGUGAGUUGACUAAGGAGCCCUUUCGAUGGGAUCAGAGGUUAUUUGCUUUGGUUCUUCGUUUGCCUGGUAUUACAGCACCAGAGUCAGAGCAGAUGACGGGGGUACCUGUGGAUGACUCUGCUAUCACACCUAUGUGUGAAGUCACAGGAGGUCGAUCAUAUUGUGUGUGCUCUCCAAGAAUGCUGAAUCAAUGUCUUGAGUCAUUGGUGCAAAAAGUGCAAAGUGGAGUGGUAAUAAAUUUUGAAAAAGCUGGACCAGAUCCCUCACCAAUUGAUGAUGGGCAGGUGGAGAUAUCCAGACCCUUUGGACCCCAACCUUGGCACAGCUGUCACAAACUUAUCUAUGUCAGACCAAACCCUAAAACUGGGGUUCCUAUAGGUCAUUGGCCUGUUCCUGAAUCCUUUUGGCCAGAUCAGAAUUCUCCAACACUGCCACCUCGCACAUCUCAUCCUGUGGUGAAAUUUUCCUGUACUGACUGUGAGCCGAUGGUCAUUGACAAACUGCCUUUUGAUAAAUAUGAAUUAGAGCCUUCACCACUGACCCAGUUUAUCCUGGAAAGAAAAUCCCCUCAGACCUGCUGGCAGGUGUAUGUGAGCAAUAGUGCAAAAUACAGUGAACUUGGUCAUCCUUUUGGUUACUUGAAAGCUAGUACAGCGCUGAAUUGUGUGAAUUUAUUUGUAAUGCCUUACAAUUACCCAGUCCUGCUUCCACUGCUAGAUGACUUGUUCAAAGUACACAAGGCAAAGCCUACGUUGAAAUGGCGUCAGUCAUUUGAAAGCUAUUUGAAGACAAUGCCUCCUUAUUAUCUUGGGCCUUUGAAGAAAGCUGUGAGAAUGAUGGGAGCACCCAACCUUAUAGCUGACAAUGUGGAAUAUGGACUUAGUUACAGUGUCAUUUCAUAUCUCAAAAAAUUGAGUCAGCAGGCCAAAAUAGAGUCCGAUAGAGUCAUUGGCUCUGUAGGCAAAAAGGUAGCGCAAGAGACUGGAAUUAAGGUCAGAAGCAGAUCACACAACCUGUCUAUGGCACAUAGGAACGAUUUUCAACAUCUGCUACAGGGGAUUACUGGGGAAAUUCCUCAUAGACCUCUAGACCUCAAUAUGAAGGAGUAUGCUGGGUUCCAAAUAGCUUUGCUGAAUAAGGAUUUGAAACCUCAGACAUUUAGAAAUGCUUAUGACAUACCCAGAAGAAAUCUUUUGGAUCAGUUAACACGAAUGAGAUCUAAUUUACUGAAGAGUACUCGCAAGUUCCUCAAAGGACAAGAUGAAGAUCAAGUUCACAGUGUACCUAUAGCACAAAUGGGAAACUACCAGGAGUAUCUAAAACAAAUACCUUCUCCACUCCGAGAACUUGAUCCUGAUCAACCACGAAGGCUUCAUACAUUUGGCAAUCCAUUCAAAUUGGACAAAAAGGGAAUGAUGAUAGAUGAAGCAGAUGAAUUUGUAUCAGGACCUCAAAAUAAACAUAAAAGACCUGGAGAACCAAACAUGCAAGGGAUUCCGAAAAGGCGGCGUUGUAUGUCCCCCCUGCUCAGAGGGCGACCACAAACUCCUCCAGUUGUCAAUAACCACAUAGGAGGAAAAGGGCCACCAACACCAAUUGCACAAGCACAACCUGACCUUGUUAAACCCAUUGCUAUUCACAAAACAUCAGGAACAAACAAUGAGAUUGGAGUUGAUGAUGUCAUUGAGAAUCACAUUACAGACCCCCUUUCAUCAGAUGUUUUCCCAAAUGCUGUGGAUUCAGAGUUUUCACUGUCCUCUUCACCAUUCAAUUCAUUGGAUCGACCAACAGCUCAUACAGAGGAUGUAGGCCAUGAACAUUUAGGGAACAAUUUGAAUGUUGAUGGGUUUUUGGAGAAUCACGAGGAAUCAGGUAGUAAAGAACCAAGUGCUGAAGAGAACUUGACAAUGUCUUCAUCUAGCAAAGGGAAAAAACCAGUGCACUGCAGAAGUUCCAGGGAGAUUAAUAUAGAGCUAAGAGCACAAAUUAUGAAAGAGAUCCGAAAACCAGGAAGGAAAUAUGAAAGAAUCUUCUUUUUGCUGAAGCAUGUACAAGGAAGCUUACAGACCAGACUGAUAUUUUUACAAAAUGUUAUAAAAGAAGCUUCAAGGUUUAAAAAACGAAUGCUGAUAGAACAGCUUGAGAGUUUUCUGGAAGAAAUCCAUCGCAGAUCCAAUCAGGUCAACCAUAUCAACAGCAGCUAAGAAACUGCACAUGAGAGAGCCACAGCAGGGCACUGCUGUUCUUACUUGCAUUCAUUUUUGACAUGCACUCUUAUCUCAAGUUCCUGUACCUGAAACAAUGAGAAGCUGCUCAAUAAAAUGAUGAGAAGUACCCAUCAUCCUUUUUUUCUUCACUUCUGUUAUUUUUGUAAUGUGAAAAAUACUGCAAAAACAUUUUUAUUUAACUAAAUUGAGAACUUCUUGCUUGUCAUGGACAUAAGUGUCACUUUCCCUCAGGUUCUAUUUUUCUUAAUCUAAUCUUCAAAACUAUCACCUCUUAUGGUUGAACUUUGCCAAAAAAGUUGCUUUGUAAUUUAAAAAAAAAAAAGCACAUACAUUAAACAAGGUAAUGUUUUGUAUAUACAGUUAUUUUGGAUAUAUUAUUGUAAGUUGUAUAAAUGUAUUUUGAAAAAUAUUUAAGAAAAGCACUUUUGUUAUUCCAUCAAUAAAAUCUCUAUUUUAAUCUU